AUGCGAGCCUAUUACUUCGACAAUAUCCCCGGCGAUCAACGCCUCCCGCACGACUCGGGACGCCCAGUUUCCGAAGACACCUUGAGGAAACUCAAUAUCAGCUACUGGCGAAUCGAAUUGGACGGUUAUCUACCCAAGCUCAAUGCCGUUGCUGAAGAACGCGGCUACAAGAAUCGCGACUUUAUCAAUGUUUCGAAAGCUGGUUUGGGAGAUAGCUACGAAGAAAAGUUGAAGAACUUCUUCUCCGAGCAUAUGCACGAAGACGAGGAAAUUCGAUAUGUCGUCGACGGUAGCGGUUUCUUCGACGUUCGAGAGUCCCCAUCCGACGAAUGGAUUCGUAUUGGUGUCGAGCCUGGCGAUCUCCUCGUCAUCCCUGCCGGAAUCUACCACCGAUUCACCCUGGACGAGAACAACUACAUCAAGGCUAUCCGGUUGUUCCAGGACGAACCCAAAUGGAUUCCUUACAACCGCAGCGAGGAGACUGAAGUCAAUCCUCACCGAAUCAACUACCUGCGGGAGAUCGGCGUUGGAGCUUGA